AUGGCCUUUAGCACAAUACUGACAGCUUUGCUAGACCUUCUUGCGGACUAUGUCAUGAAUCCAGCGAUGAUGAAGAUGGCAAAGCACCUGUUCAACCCGAUUUUAGAGUCUGUCGCCGACCUCAUGAUCGACAUGUCAGAGCUUUACGAGGAUCUUACCAAUUUACCACGAUUAGCACUAGUCCCAUAUGAUAUCAUACUCAUCUUUCUAGAUACAAUCAUUGUAAUACUGGGUGUUAUACGACUGGAAUUGAUCACCAUGGUUAUGCCCGAGCCUUUACAUCUAGAUCUAACUUGA